GGAGAUCGCAUUCGCGCCAAAGUGGAUUUCAGAAUCUCAGCGUUAAGGCCUUCAAUUUUAUAAUAUUAAUUAUUGUUAAUAAAUAAAGCAAAUUUCUUAGAGAGAGAAAGCAAAGAUUUGAUUUUGAGAGAGAGAGAGAGAGAGAGAGAGAGAUACGAGACGGUAGGACGCUAAUUGACACUGAUACACAGCAACUCAUCGUAUAAAAGCCAAGGAACGGCGUCGUUUCCAUGCAUUGGAGGUCGGAGAAGAUCGAUGGCUUUGAUCUCUCACCUCCUGAUGAUGAACAAGUACACGUUUUAGCAGUGGAUGAUAGUCUAGUUGAUCGUAAAGUCAUUGAACGUUUGCUCAAAAUCUCAUGUUGCAAAGUGACUGCAGUGGAUAGUGGAAUUAGAGCUCUGCAAUUCCUGGGAUUAGAUGAAGAGAAGAGCUCGUCUGUUGGUUUCGAUGACUUGAAGGUGGAUCUAAUUAUCACAGACUACUGCAUGCCUGGAAUGACUGGUUACGAGUUGCUCAAGAAAAUCAAGGAAUCGUCCACUUUCAGAGAAAUUCCGGUAGUGAUAAUGUCAUCGGAGAACGUCAUGGCUCGAAUCGACCGGUGUUUGGAGGAAGGAGCAGAGGACUUCAUAGUAAAACCGGUGAAAUUAUCAGACGUGAAACGAUUAAGAGAUUACAUGACCGCCAGAGAGUUCAGAGUGAAGAACCAACAAAUAGGCAACAACAACAACAUCAAGAACAACAAUAAGAGGAGGUUAAGAGAGACUUGCGAUCUCUCUUCAUCGCCACUGUCCAUGUUAUUUUCAUCAUCAUCACCAUCGCCUUCACUGUCACCAUCAUCUCUAUCUUCUCCAUCGUCUCCAUCGCCCUGUCUAUCACCGUUACCAUCACCGCCGAUACUGUCAUAUUCGGCGCCUUGUUCUCCCACUUCCUUAGAUUCUCCUACCAGACGGCUGAAAAUGAGCAGCUCCGAUUAGAUCCUUUAUUGCCUCAUCAAACCCAACUAUUUUUAUUUACUUUACAAAUUAAAAAAAAAAAAAUUUUGCAAUGUCAGCAAUUCUCCGUUAAUUUAACGGUUUUUGUUGCU